GAUCAGAGCUAUCUUUGCUGGAUGCUAGCUUGCUAGGUAACGGUCUGACAAGUCGCACACAUUGGGCCAGAAGGGGGAAGCGCAGCGGUGGAGAAGAAGGGCGACCCAAGAGCCACUACGAAAUGGCCGGGCAACAGUUCCAGUAUGAUGACAGCGGCAACACGUUUUUCUAUUUCCUAACGUCCUUCGUCGGACUUAUUGUGAUCCCAGCCACAUACUACCUCUGGCCCCGGGAUCAGAAUGCUGAACAACUGCGUCUGAAGAGCCUGAGGAGGGUGCAUGGCAGGUGUCUGUGGUACCGGCUCAGGCUGAUGAAGUCACAGCAAAGUGUUGUCCCAACACUAAAAAAAGCAGCCUUGUUAUUUGGCUGGGCUGUGUUCCUGCUGCUAGCCUAUAAGGUGUCCAAGCUAGACAGAGAGUACCAGGAGUAUAAUCCAUAUGAAGUCCUCAACUUGGACCCGGGUGCAUCACUUUCAGAAAUUAAGAAGCAAUACCGUGUACUGUCACUCAAGUUCCACCCUGACAAAGGUGGUGAUGAGGCCACAUUCAUGAGAAUCGCCAAAGCCUAUGCUGCUCUGACCAAUGAACAGUCACGGCAGAACUGGGAAAUAUACGGUAACCCAGAUGGUCCAGGAGCAACCAGCUUUGGUAUUGCCCUGCCUGCCUGGAUUGUUGACCAGAAGAACUCAAUGCUGGUGCUGUUGGUAUAUGGACUAGCCUUUAUGGUCAUCCUUCCUGUUGUAGUGGGCACAUGGUGGUACCGCUCUAUACGAUACAGUGGGGAUCAGAUCCUCAUCAACACUACCCAGCUCUUCAUGCAUUUCAUGUACAAGACACCCAACAUGAACAUGAAACGGUUAGCCAUGGUGCUGACUGCAGCAUUUGAGUUCGACCCACGCAGCAAUAAAGAAGCCACGAUACGACCAACAGACAACAUCGAAGUACCACAGUUGAUACGUGAGUUGGGAAACAUCAAUGUGAAGAAGAAGGAGCCUCCAUUCUGCUAUCCUUACAGUUUGAAGGCCAGGGUCUUAGUGCUUGCUCACCUGGCUCGCAUGGACGUAUCAGAAGAGAUAGAGGAAGAUCAGAGGUUUGUGGUAAGGAAGAGUCCAGCUCUCCUCCAGGAGAUGAUCAACGUGGGCUGUCAGCUUACCAUGAUGGCCAACAGCAGAGGAGGUUUCCAUGCUCCUCGGCUGGGGACCAUAGAGAAUUGCAUGAAGCUGACCCAAAUGAUAGUGCAGGGUCUGCAGGAGUCAAAGUCACCACUGUUGCAGCUGCCCCACUUUGAGGAGGAGCACCUCCGCUACUGCAUCUCUAAGAAGUAUAAAGUUCGGAGCCUCCAGGACCUGGUGAGUCUCAAGGACUCUGACAGACGCAGCAUGCUGCGUUUCUUGGGGGAAGAGAAGUAUGACGAGGUCAUGGCUGUGCUGGGCAGCUUCCCUAACAUCACCAUGGAUACCAAACUGCAGGUCCUCGAUGACGAGGACAGCAAUAACAUCACAGCAGGCUCUAUUGUCACAGUAACUGUCACCUUAACCAGAAAACGGAUGGCGGAGGUGUUUGAAAGGGAGCAGGAGUCAACGCUGUGCCUAGCUGAGGAGGCUGCCACUACAGAGGAAGCCCAAGCAGAUUCGAGUAAAUCCAAAACAAAAGUGUGGCAGAACAAGAGUAAAGCGGCUAAGAAGACAACCAAGUCCAAGAAGAAAAAAUUAACCAAGAAGAAGGCCACUCCUGCACCUGUCAAGACCAAGCAAGCCAACGGCAACGUGGCGGGAAAUGAAGUCGUAGCUGCGUCAGCGGCAGCAGUGAAGGAGGAAGAGGAUGAGGCCUCAGACAAGGGCAGCGAGUCAGACGAGGGCGAGGCCAACAAGGACUCUCCCAGCGAGAGAGACGAAGACAGCGAUAAACAAAGCGACACAGAGGUGGAUGAGAUGGCUGGCGACGAUGAAGAGGAGUGGGAGGCAUUGCAGCAAAGUAUCCAGCGGCGGGAGAGGGCCCUGCUAGAGACCAAGUCAAAGGUGACUCACCCUGUCUACAGCCUCUACUUCCCCGAGGAGAAGCAGGAGUGGUGGUGGCUCUACAUCGCUGACCGCCGAGACCAGACCCUCGUCUCUAUGCCCUACCACGUCUGCACACUAAAAGACACAGAAGAGGUGGAGCUGAAGUUUCCGGCCCCCUCCAAAACGGGCAACUACCAAUAUUCUGUCAUCCUCCGUUCCGAUUCCUACCUGGGACUGGACCAGAUCAAACCACUCAAGCUGGAGGUCCAUGAGGCCAAGGCCAUGCUUGACAACCACCCGCAGUGGGACAUCCCCGACACGGAGGAGGAGGACGAGGAGCAGGAAGACAGUGACGGCAUCGAGGAGAGUGAAGACGAUGACGAAGACAACGACUGAUUGUCUGAUUCCCCCCCCCCCCCCCCCCCCCAAUGGACUGGCCUACCACCCACUCCUGACCCCCCAACAGCACUCAAGAUCAGCGAAUGAGGAGGAACAAACCUGUGCCCGUCACACAUGCCAAACACACAGAAUCACCAGGGACAGCUGAUCCAAGCAGAGCCAUCCUUCUCCAUUUUUAUCUGUACAAUGAGAUGGACUGUGACCCUGACCCCUCCAUUUCCUCUUUUCUACAGAGACUUCUUCAUUCACUUUCCGUUGCGGGCGGAAGAAAAUUCUGUGAAUACUUACCCAGUCCUGUGUGUGUGUGUGUGUGUGUGUGUGUGUGAGAGAGUGGAUGUGCAUGAGAGAGCGAAUGGUGUGUGUGUUUGUAACCUUGUAUGUGUUUGUACAGGUAUGAAAGAUUUGACACACUAUGGACUGGAGGACCUAUUAUCUGGGCUCUUUUCUUCUUUUCAUGCUGGGGAGAGGGGAUGUAUAACAGCUAAUUCCGUUUGCAAAAUUAAUGGUAAAAAACCACAUGGCCGCCGUAUGGAAAUCAUGACAUCAUUCUCGCGGCUAAUUUUAAAAUCACUCUGCACCAAUGUUUUCCACACCAAUGAUACUUUCUAUUGUACUCUUAAAACUGCAGAAGUGUGAGCUUUAGCCCUGUCAGGGAUCACAUGCGAGUCAGCCAUUGGGAUGUUUGAUCCUUUAAGCGCACGGGGGCACAGUUGAGUCCUGUCAUUUUUUAUUGUUUAGUUUUUCUUCGCUGUCACACCAGCCGGUCACUUGUAUGUACUUGUACUCACUGUAUGUUGAAGGAGAUGUCCACAGAUGAUCUCUAGUCAGUUCUGUUAAUGAUGCCUGUUCUGCCCCUGUGAUCCACGUCAAACUGUACUUUUUGAGAGAGACAGCUGUUGAAAGCAGGUGGAUCUUGAAAUGAAUUGUGACCUCAAGUAUAAUGGAGGUGGGAAAUGACAAAACUUGCAGUGUUAAGAUUUCUUUGAAUUGUGAGUACUCCUCUUGUCCAUAUACUACAUAAAAUUUGUGAGUUUUCAGUCAUAUAUAUAUUUUCAGAGAAGUGACUUCCUUUCUCUUCAUCCUUUGCUUUGGUUUGAUUUUAUUUUACAUUGUAGCACAUUCCAGUGUAUACUCAUUGUCCAAAAAGGCCUUAUGAAUACAACUGAAAUACCACACCAUACAAGUCCUUGGGUGCUAUGCACCACUUGUUCUUGGGAGAGUUUCCUUUGUGUUUGUAAAAAUUGUUUCAGUUUAGAUUUAGUCUCUUCAUAGAAACCUGAAGCUGCUCAGUCAGGAAAAAAAACAUAUCACUGAUGUUUCCAUAAUACAUGCAGUUUUGUCUGCUGAAAGAAGAUCAGUGCAACAUGUGACUGGCCCUGUGUUAAAGGGAUUGGAGUGUGAGAUCCCUGAUUCACCGCGCUCAGGAUCUUGAACAAAAACCUGUUGAAAGGAACUUUUUGUGUAAGACUAAGCAUAUUCUGUCCAGCACCUUUUUCUAUUUAGUCAUUAAAGCAGAACAACUCAG